CACACACACACCGUCAUAUGAAAUCCGUCUCUCAUUGGUUAAACAUAGCGCCUCCUAUUGGCUAAUCAAAAGCCCCUCCUUGCGGACGGAUGUGUGUGGUGUAUAUAUACAAGGGAUUUUCUUAACAGGACAUCCUCAACUUCUCGGACGGCGAAGCUACGGCGGGACGAGCUCUGAUUUUUUUUUCUUCAACGAUCGCCUGUAUUCUGCAAGACGUUUCUGCAACCAUGUCUUCCUGCACCAGCAACAGCGGCAUCGGGUCAAGCGAGCGCCCAGGCAGUGUCUUGAUCAGCACCCAUGACGACGAUGAUACUAGAGGGUGUUGGGAAAACGAUUGCGGUGGUGUGGAACCCUGGACACCUCAUAUGAAGCCGCUUGAGGCGCUGCAUGUGAAGAAGAAGAAGGAGAAGAAGGAGGAGGAGGAGAAGGGACAUGUCUCGACACGGUCCCUGACAAAAGACGACGUGGACACGAUCAAAGACUUUCUAUCACGCUGCCAGUAUCACGCAGGGCUGGAAAAAACAAGAGCUCUCUGCAACGGGUGUAAAAUCAACCACCCGAGUCAGCGUCGACACUCUUGCUUGUAUGAUUUUGAUCAGAUCAGAUGUAUGUAUUUUGACCAGAUCCUGGACUCUGUAUUCAACCCGUCUCUAGGAAAAGCUCUGCAUUACCUGUUUGCGCAGAUAUCACCGGGGGCUUUCUCACAAGACAGGCUUUUAGGAGCGGCCGAGACUCUGAGACACUAUCUCAGACCCGGAUGUGACGGACCAUCUGCCAAAGAGGAAAUGGAGACGGAGGAGGACCACAAGCACGAGACCGCUUUACGCAACGCCUUCACCGUGUGGACCAAGUGCUGCUGCUGCUGCAUGUCGACAGAUUUGUAAUAUUUAC